AUGACGCUGGCCACCAGCUUCUUGAUUUUGUGGCUCAGCCUGGGGGGUGGCCUGGCUCAGAGUGACACCAGCCCUGACGCAGAGGAGUCCUAUUCAGACUGGGGCCUUCGGCACAUCCGGGGCAGCUUUGAAUCUGUCAACAGCUACUUCGAUUCCUUUCUGGAACUGCUGGGAGGGAAAAAUGGAGUCUGUCAGUACAGAUGCCGAUAUGGAAAGGCACCAAUGCCCAGACCUGGAUACAAGCCUCAGGAGCCCAACGGCUGCAGUUCCUAUUUCCUGGGUCUCAAGGUACCAGAAAGUAUGGACUUGGGCAUUCCAGCAAUGACCAAGUGCUGCAACCAGCUGGACGUCUGUUAUGACACUUGCGGUGCCAACAAGUAUCGCUGUGAUGCAAAAUUCCGAUGGUGUCUCCACUCUAUCUGCUCUGACCUUAAGCGGAGUCUGGGCUUUGUCUCCAACGUAGAAGUAGCCUGUGAUUCUCUGGCUGAUACUGUGUUCAACACUGUCUGGACCUUGGGCUGCCGGCCCUUUAUGAACAGUCAGCGGGCAGCCUGCAUCUGUGCAGAAGAGGAGAAAGAAGACUUAUGAGGAAGAGGUGAUUCCUUUCCCGUUUUGAGUGACACCACAGCCGUCAGUCUGGGAGAUGGUAGUACGGCAGAUGUGCCUCAUUCUUUUUUCCGAAAGUUUGGAUACCGCAAAGCAGGACAAAGGAAACACUAUUCUACAGCUGAAAAGUGAGUCAUCGUUUGAGGAGAAUUGGAAAAAAGACAUGGAGUGAUUUGAAGACUACGCUUCACUUUAACACUGGUCUCCCCAGCCAAGA